AGCCCGUACAGACACCUUGAGUGGAUUUCUUGGUGCGACGGUUCUCCCACGUCCUCUCACCCGUAUCUCCGCUCAGCAUGGCAGACAACAGAAGAGCCCCGGGCGAUGAAACACAGCAUGGAACAGCGGUGGGAGUUAAAGUCACCACUGCCAUAAGCGAGUCUUCCUCGAUCCAUAGCGACCGAUUCUUUGGCAUUCCAAGAGAAAUCUCCGGGCUGGAUUUCGACACGGUCACCGGAGUGUUCGACCUUCCAGACCACACUGAGGAACAAUCCGAAUCCAGCAGUACCAUGCUGCAUGCGAGAAGCGAAGACAAAAUGCGAGGGGCCAACACUGUGGAAUCUCUACAGGAGACGAGGAGCGGUCUGUACUUCAACGAUGGGAAGAGGAAAGUGGAUUACGUUCUCGUGUAUCAUUACCGGAGACUGUCGUCCAUCCGCGGUUCCCCGGGUCAGCACCGAUUAUCCAUUAUAUCUAACGGCAGUUUUCCCGUCUCUGCGGGCAAGAAGGAUGUGCAGGGAGUGAAGACGGAGCGGGAGGUGGCGGUGGAGUUUGGACCGGUGGACCACGCAGAAGAGGAGAAAAUCAUGAUCCGGGAGGAGUUUGAAGCAAACCUGAUAGAUGCUGGCCUUGAAAUUGAACGGGACAAAGAACACAAGGUCCAAGGAGUUGGGUUCAUUCGACUCCACGCCCCCUGGCAGGUGCUGAGCCGGGAGGCUGAGUUUCUGAAGAUAAAGCUGCCCACAAAGAAGAGCUACGAGCUAAAGGAAGGCAGUGGGAUUUCUGGGAAAAUGGAUGCAUUUUGGCGCAAACUCAACCAGCCAUUCCAGCCCAAAGUGCCCCAUGGAAUGGACCAGAGUCGCACCAAGUUCCUCUCACACUCUUUCUCCCGGGACAAGCUACACCUGUACAACAUCAAGCAGAAGGACACGUUUUUUGACAAUACGACACGCAGCCGAAUAGUUUACGAGAUUCUGAGGCGUACUUCCUGUGUGCGGGCCUGCCAGUCUGUGGGGGUAUCCACGCUAAUAGCUAAAGGUGUCUAUGAUUCAGCUUUCCCCUUGCAUGAUGGUGACUUUAAGGACACCGGAGAGGAGCACAAAAAUGACAGACAGCUCUUGCAUGAUGAAUGGGCAAGAUAUGGAGCAUUUUACAAGUACCAGCCUGUAGAUCUUAUCAGGAAGUACUUUGGGGAGAAGAUCGGCCUGUACUUUGCCUGGCUUGGGGUCUACACCCAGCUGCUCAUCCCUGCCUCACUGGUUGGUGUCAUCGUCUUCUUCUACGGCUGUGCCACCGUGGACACCGACGUGCCCAGCCUGGAGAUGUGUGACGAGAGGCAGAACUUCACCAUGUGCCCGCUGUGCGACAUCACGUGCGAUUACUGGAACCUGAGCAGCGCAUGCAGCACGGCUCGGGCCAGCCACCUUUUCGACAACCCCGCCACUGUGUUCUUCGCCAUCUUCAUGUCCCUGUGGGCCGCCAUGUUCAUGGAGCACUGGAAGAGGAAGCAGAUGAGUCUCACCUACAGCUGGGACCUGGAUGGACUGGAGGAGGAAGAGGAGCAUCCGCGACCAAAAUAUGAAGCCGCUCUCCUGAAGAAGAGGCUGAAGAAGAAGAAGAAGACUAAAAAAAAGAAAAAAAACAAGCCCAACAAAGGUGCAGAGGAGGCAGUGGACACAAGCAAAGAAAAAUGGCGACAGAGGUUACUGUCUGCCCUGGGCAGAGAGGUGCCGCCAGGCUACGAGAAGCUGACCUGGAAAGACCGGAUGCCGGGAUACAUCCUCAACUUCUCCUCCAUUUUGUUCAUGUUUGGCCUGACGUUCGCCGUCGUCUUCGGCAUGAUCAUCUACCGCAUUACCACCUCCGCCCUGUUGGCCAUGAGCCCCAACUCAGAGACCAAGUCCAACGUACGCGUCACGGUCACUGCCACGGCGGUCAUCAUCAACCUGGUGGUCAUCCUCAUCCUGGACGAGAUCUACGGCGCAGUGGCCGUCUGGCUCACUGAGCUAGAGAUUCCAAAAACCGAAACUGAAUUUGAAGAGCGGCUCAUCCUAAAGGCCUUCCUUCUGAAGUUCAUGAACGCGUACGCCCCCAUCUUCUACGUUGCCUUUUUCAAGGGGAGAUUCGCUGGUCAGCCUGGGGACUAUGUGUAUGUAUUCAACGGCUUACGGAUGGAGGAGUGUGCCCCUGGAGGCUGCCUCAUCGAGCUCUGCAUCCAGCUCAGCAUCAUCAUGCUGGGGAAGCAGCUCAUUCAGAACAACGUCUUUGAAAUUGGCAUCCCGAAGCUAAAGAAACUAUUCAGGACGUUGAAGGACAAGGGAGGAGCUCCAGAGGAGAGUGACGACCAGCACGCCAGACCACCGCAGCGUUGGGAUCUCGACUACGACCUGGAGCCCUUUGAAGGGUUAACCCCGGAGUACAUGGAGAUGAUCAUCCAAUUCGGUUUCGUCACCCUCUUCGUCGCCUCCUUCCCCCUGGCCCCCCUCUUCGCACUCCUGAACAAUGUCAUCGAGAUCCGGCUGGACGCCAAGAAAUUUGUCACCGAGCUGCGCCGACCCAACGCCGUCCGGGCCAAAGACAUCGGAAUCUGGUACAACAUCCUCAGCGGAAUGGGCAAGUUCUCAGUCAUUAUAAAUGCCUUCGUCAUCUCCUUCACCUCGGACUUCAUCCCGCGCCUGGUGUACCAGUACAUGUACAGUGAGACGGGCACCAUGCACGGCUUCAUCGACCACACGCUCUCCUACUUCAACGUCAGUAACUUCAAGCCGGGCACAGCGCCUGUCUCUUCCCAGUUCGACAGGGAGGUUACCAUGUGCAGGUAUAAGGACUACAGGGAACCUCCCUGGUCCCCGACACCCUACCAGUACUCUAAAGAGUACUGGUCUGUCCUGGCUGCGAGACUUGCCUUUGUCAUCCUUUUCCAGAACCUGGUGAUCGUUCUUAGCACACUAGUGGACUGGCUCAUCCCAGAUGUUCCCAAGGACAUCAGCGCUCAGGUCAGGAUGGAGAAGACACUGCUGGUGGACGUGUUCAUGCACGAGGAGAAAGACAAGCUGCAGCUUAUCCAGAGUCUGCUCCUCAAGGACAAGGAGGGACACCGCGCCCCAGCUGCCGGGCAGCUCCCGGCUCAGGAAGGGGAGGGCGGGCCCUCGUGCCCGGGGCCGCGCAGCCAGUUUCAGCCAGUUCAGCAGUCAGCCGUCGCCCGGGACGACCGUGAAACACACAGAGCAGCCUGUGGGCACGGUCGUCCCGGCGACCCGUCGGGACCAGGAGCGAAGAGGACUGUACACCCUGGAUGAAUGAUGAGGCGGCUAUCCGCGGCACAGACCCGUUUCCAAAUAGUUUGGAGAUUCACUCGAUAUCCUUCCAUGAAUAGGGUAAAUGUUUUUAAAGCUGACGCUAUAUUUUAGUACUGGCUCAUUUGCGUUGUACUCCGCAUCUAUACAAUACAAGCCAUCAUAAUGUUAUUGUUAAUAAAUAUCUUUGUAUGUUAGGUCAAGGAAAUACACAAUUAACUAUAAAAUAAAGUACAAAAUAAGUAAUGUUCUGGAAGUAUGGAAUGCUGUCUCCUAAAUUCUCCACCGUAUGGUGUGUAUACACUCUUCUAAGUGCAUUUCAGAGGUGGUAAGUAGUGAGUUUUUACUGGGUGAGCGUUGGUAAGGAGCUUGCCUUCUGUGUCUUUCUGAGUGUGUGUCUGCGUGUUUGCUUUGGUACAGUACUGUGGAGAAGAUAUCUGAACCUUUGCUUUGGAUUAUUUGACCAGACACUCAUUGCUCUAGGAUAAGAACCAUAGAACAAUGACAGUAGUGAUCACUAAUGUUUAAGCAAACAGCCUUUGUUAAUAACCAUUGGAUAAAUCGUGGCUAAUUUUGGCCGGUUAAUUUUAGAUAAACCAAAUAUGGCCGGCUUCCACAUUAGUGAAGAUCAGAGGCAUUGUACCUUAAUCUUCUGAUUCACAGUAUCACAUGUC